CAUGAAACCCAGUCUUGCGCCAAUGACCACACCUUGGCAUGGUUUGAGAUGUUCUUGAGGAACCCAGAAAGUAAAGAGAGCCGAAUCGUCGUCGAAUACUAGCAACAAUUUGAAUAGUAUGUCGUCGGACGCGCUGAACAAGCCCGAGACUGAAGUUGAGCGGCUGAGGACUGAAUAUCUUGAUGCCGUGGAAGAAAAUCGGGCAGCGCACCAACGGUAUGAACAGGCUCUCGCCGCGACGGGGGAUCAACCCCGGCACACCAAAGCAGAGGACAGGACUGAUGGUGUUGACUCUACGACUUUGCUCGAGCGGCAUAUUGAGUUACUCCGACUGCAAAAGCAGAACGCUUCUCUUGUUGUUUCGAGGGAUGAGCUGGAACAACUCAAAUUCAAGCGAGAAGCGACGAAACUUGAGUUUCUGCCAACCACGGUCGAAGAGUUCGAUGCACGAUUCGAAGCAGGUCAGGAAGUCCCUGUGCUGGAGGAGUCGAUAACGAGACGGGUCAAGGCGCUAGAAUCGGAGGUCGUCCGGGCUCAUCAUGAAGCUGGACAAGAGAGAGCGAAGCUCGAGAAGGCCAAAAUGCAAACGCAAACACGAGUCGCCAACUCGAGUCCGAAUCGACGACUGCACGCUAUUCUGGCUACGAGGCAAGAGCUGACUACCUGGCUGGAGGAAAGUCUAGAGAAGUGCCAGGACCAACAGCAAGGAGAGCUUGAGCAAAUAGAAUGUGGGAGACGCGUUACCGAAGCGAUGAUCGAAGGGCAGUAUCAACGAUAUCUGGAUGCACGGAAGCGCCUUAUCGCAGCUGUUACGGAAUUGAGAGCUGCUCUGCCCGAGAAGUCAACGCCGAAACUGAGCAGCAGCGAGUGGCAGACCGAACAGAAAACGACAAGACAUCAGAGGUCCAGAGAAGCUGCUGCCUUGCUCAACACCAUCGAAAAGAUAGUCCUACCAAAAGUGCAGAAUCAGUCCGUUUCACAGGCACAUCUCGUGUUUGCGGGUGAGCAACUCCAGAACGAGUUGGGACGGACUAUCAAUAUGCUCGAGAGACUCGGCGACGAGAGCCAACUUUUGCAAGCAUUUCCAAUCUUAGCGCGGUCGGGCAGAUUUGGACAUGCAGCAUCCACGUUCGGCAAGCAGGUCAAUGCCCAAGAAGCACAAAGUAAGGAUGAGAUAUCACGGCGGAUGGAAGCCUGGCUAUUUGCGGCGGAAGCAGCCGAUGUUGCUGGAUCAAGCAUCAUGGAGAAACAGCUGGAUCAAGGAAGAGACGCGACGGAUUCGGUGUCGAGGAGUCUUGCCGAAUUAAAGCUUUUGAAGGAAACCAACAGCGAUGACAAUUUCAUGCUAUGAGUACUCCGUACCAGAUUCAGCUUCAGAUUCAUUGCUUCUCAUUCUCGGCGAAGAAAAAGUUGGCUCCCACGACUUUGAGAUUGUUUUCUUCGGCCCAGUCUCUCACGCCAUGUCGAACCUUGCCGUAGCCCCAGUGUUUGCGGUCAUCAGGAGCCUUGAGAUUGGACGAAUCACCCUCCAGAAGAACAAAGACGUAUCGAUGAGCACCAGUCUUUGGUGGUGGGCUCGGCGGCAAGUACUCCAUGAUCUCUCCUGGUUUGGCCGCGUGGAUCUCAGGGGGUGGUUCUGGGAUCGGUGUGGUCAGGUUUGUCAGAAUCCAGUGACACAUCUCCGACCACUUGGGUUUCUUGCGGGAUUUUGCGUCAGGGUCUGUCAGGGCGAGGGUGAAAGUCGAGUUCUUUGCCUCGAUGGAUGGAGAAUUGAUCGAAUAGAAAUUGAAGACUGGUCUCUUGGAGACAGCGUCGACCGGGAUAUCAUUGCCGAGAAGGACCUUUUCGUGACUCGAGGGAUAGUCGACCUCGAUAUAGUAUGAUGGCUCGAAGUCGUCGAGGACGUCGCCAAUGACAUCGUUAGCAACCAAUGUGUCUCGGAUGGUCGAAGUCAGAGAGAACUCUGGCUCUAUGAUGGUUAUUUCAGGGUUGUUGAUGGCUUGUUGCUCGCCAGGAGCUGGAAAGGUGGAUACUGUGUUGACCAGCAGCAGGCCGGCCAAAGCAAGACUUGUAGAAAACAUGGUAGAAGCGAGGGACGACGAGGAUUAG